UUAACAUUCAUUUUUUAUUGGUCAGUGGCAGAAUCUUUUUUGAAUUCACUGUUAUUGUGCGUAUUUAGCUAAGUGCGAGGUCUUACCUGAACAGAAAAAAAUCCAGAACAUUAAUGGACACAAUGGAAAUUGAUGACACCUUAUUAUAUAUGGACGGCAAUCUCAUCACUCAAGUGAAUUUUCGCAGAAGAAACCAGAUCCUCAGAGGUGUCACUGUGAGCCUCGGAUUACUGUGUGCUGUCCUGUUGUGCAGUAACAUAAGUCAAUUUAUAUUCUAUGAGAUCAUCCAUCCUAAAUCAGAAGACCAAACACAGCCAUAUCACAAUACACUCACUCAAAAUAAGGAGAAACUCCAAAAUGAUAAUGACAACCUGACUGCAGAGAGGGACAGACUGGAGAUCAGUUAUGAUGCUUUGAGUAAGGAGACUAGACAGUUAAAGAUCAUACUGAGCAACCUCACAAAAGACAAAGAUGAGCUGCAGCACUAUUACAGUUAUUUGAUUACUAAACGAGAUGAGCUGGAGGCCAAUUUCAGCAAUGUGAAAAAUGAGAAGGACCGGCUACAAACAAAUUUCAUCAACUUAAAACAAGAGAGAGAUCAAUUCGAGACAAACUACACUCACAUGCAGAGGAAGCUUGAGGGCUUACAGACUAAUCACAAUAAUCUGACAGCAACUGCAGAGCAGCUACAAACCAGCUACAAUAACCUCCAAAGAGAAAAGGAUGCAUUAAGCGUUCUUUUUACUGCACUGAGAGUAAAAGAAGUCCAGCUAGAAGGUAAUUACACUGUGUUAAAGAGGGAGAAAGACCAGUUACAAAGAAGCUACAAUAGUCUGAAUAGAAACAAACUUCAAACUGACCAGAGCUAUAACACCCUGCGGAAAGACAAAGAGCAACUUCAAACCAGGUAUAAUACUUUGAGGAAGGAAAAGGAACAAUUACAAACCAACUACAGUCGCUUGACUACAGCUAGAGAAGAGUUACAAUCGAAAGUCAAAAGGAUGACCACUAAACUAAGCGGCAUUCCUUGUCAGGCCCACUGGAGAAGGUUUGACAUAAGCUGUUAUUUUGUCUCAACCUUGAAGAAAAACUGGACAGAAAGCAGAAAAGCCUGCAUCGCUGAAGGUGCAGAUCUACUUGUCAUAGACAGCGCUGAGGAACAGCUUUUUGUCAACGAAUUACUGGACAAGAGCGAGAGGCAAAAUGCUUGGAUUGGCCUCACUGACACACUUACAGAGGGGGUUUGGACCUGGGUGGAUGGGACCCCUAUUACCAUAGAAUACUGGCAGCCUGGGCAGCCUAAUGACUUCAAAAGCCAGGACUGUGGAGAAUAUGUUUCAACUGAUAAAGGAUCAUGGAAUGACGAUGGCUGUUUCGCAGCACAAAAUUAUAUUUGUGAGAAAUAAGAUCAACAUGACUUACAGUGUUAACUAAAGGUUUGGACUGGGGUUCUUAAGUUUAUUAAUAGACAAUAUUCCAGAUUUUUGGCUCUGUCAUCAUAAAAAACACCCACACAAGUUCAUUUCAAUUCAGUUUUAUUUAUAUGGCACCAAAUCACAAUGACAGUAGCCUCUAUGUCCUUUAUUUUGUAGGGUAAAGAAAAAUAGCAAUAAUCCAGCCUGGAAGUAACAAAUCCAUGGAAUAGUUUUUCAGCAUCACUCUGACACAAAAUGCUUCUAAUAUUGGAGAAAAUGAGCAAUUAAUUACCCUAAGUAUUGUCUUUGAAGCCAAAUCCUGAUGAUUUUAACUUACCAUAUUCAUCUGUUCCAAAGAGUUUUGUUUUUGCCCAGAACUGAUAAAAAAAAAAAAGAGUUUUGGACUGGUUAAUAUGAAAAAACACAUUCUUGUUUAUUUUGGCUAAAUACUGCAUAUUUUCUGUGUCACAUCUUAGUCAAAAUAUAAUUUAAAAUGUAAAUUAAUAGCAUUUAAGAUAAUUGACAUUUUCAGACUAUUAUCAUUAUUGUUUUAAAAUUUUCAAAAUGAAUAAAUUACAAAUUAAUUACAAUUUAAUUUACAAAUGGAAGGCAAGAGUUUUGGACUUGAGGGCCACAAAAGAAGUCAGUGGUGAGAGGUAUUUUUACAUUUCGUCCACUGCAUUUUAUUUUCCAUCAGCCAAAUCUUCCAUCUAUCCACAUUCAUAUUUGCUUUCCUGACUCUGGUCACUGGGGCCCUACAAGCUAUCACAGUUGACAAGCUGGCAGAAUAUCAUAGCGCUAACAGGGAGACAGACAACCAUGUAGACUUACGGCCAAUUUACAGUCAUCAGUUAACUGAACUUUUAACUGUGGAAGGACACAUACAGGCAAUGUUUAAACUGCAUGGUGCAUGGCUUUUUAAGAAGUAAACUCUGAUCAUCAAUUUCACUUCCUUUUUUAUUUAUCUAGAGCCAACAUCACAAAUAAUUAGAACUGUGACAUAUAAUAAGAUAGAUGAUUUUAGGACUUUAUCUAUUUAGCGGGGAAGUAAAAAUUACUUAAUUUUUUUUCUUCUCUGUUUCGGCAUAGCUGUUGUUCUGUGUGAUUAAAUUACAUACAGCUGGUAUUAGAAUAACUUUUUUUUCUUGAAUUGUUGUUAAACAUUUACAUAUUAAGUGAACUUGGAGUUCAGGGCCAGAAAAGAAGUCAUACACUAUUUUACAUUGUUGAUUUUUUACUUAAUUUACAUAAAAAUCAUCAUUAAAAGCAGACUUACAUGUUGUUGCGAUACAUGUUAUGUGUUUAAUGUUAUAAAUAAUGAUUAAAUGUUUUCCCAUUACAGACAUCACUAUGUUGUAUAAGAGGUAAAUGACUGGCA